GCCGCCCGGGGUCUUUCUUGUUCUUGCUGCAGACUGCAAACCAUGGCUCAGAUCCCACUAUGGAGUCCGCCCAGAGGACACACCUACCCUUUGCCCCCAACUCAGCCUUAUUAUCUUGGUUAUUUCGGUCAUAUGCCGUAUGUGAACCAUGGCAUACCGAACCGUGCUCAGGCAACAUACCCGGGCGUGCCUAUGUUCCAUCUCCCGACUGGACCCUACUGGCAGCCUGCUCUGCCUGGCACUCAUGCGAUCCGACCUCGGCCGCCAAUGUAUCCUCCCCUUCAUUGGUUCCCUCCGUUCGACGUAGAGCCCCCGAGCCCGCAAGUUCCAGACAGCCCUGCAUAUCAUCAGGCUUUUCAGAGACCAGCUGUCCCGCCUCUUGACUGGGAACGGCCUCGAGGGAUCUAUCACUCGCCUUCUUCUGUACAUGCGUACCGCGAGCCAGAGCCAAUCAAUCGCCUUAUUCCUCCGAGAUCGCCGUCGCCUUUCAUCCCUCCGUACCCUUCGCCUUCACCUGAGCUGUACUAUCCGCGUUCUCCUUCUCCGCCUUUCUAUGACUUCGUGAUUCCAUCUCCUCCUGCUAAUCGAUCUCCAGCCAAUCUCGCUCAAGAACUUCCACGUACUGCUAACCUUGCUCAUGAGGCGCCGCCAAGACCUGGAGAACAAUGUUCGAUAUGUAUGGACCAGAUAGAACAACCUAUAGCUGUAGUACCAUGCAGACAUCGUUACUGCAAGGGCUGUCUUGAAUCGCACAUCAGCUCAGCAUUGAAAGGACACGAUGGGCAUCCUAUUCAAUGCUUGGACUGCGUGGCGCAGCGAAUGGACACUCCUACAGUCUUGACCCGUGACUUCUUGCAAACGAUCGGUCUCUCAGCUGAAUUAUUGGACCAGUUUGACGAACGGGCCCUAACAGGCAUAGCUGAGAACGUUUCCUGCCCAACUUGUACCAGUGAGUUUUCCGUCGCCAUUGAAUCGCUCGAGAACCCCCGUAUCCGUGUAAUCGGAUGUCCUGUGUGCAAUCAUUCAUUCUGUAAGAACUGCAGGCGAGCCAUCAAGGGUUCUCGCCAUACUUGUCCUCCGGACGGGACGGAGGAGUUGCGCACACUCAUGCAAAGAAUGGGAUGGGCCACCUGCCCAGGCUGCGGAGCACGGACGGAGAAAGAAUUAGGCUGCAACCAUAUGCAGUGCACAAGUAGGCAGUGUGGUGGUCUAACACAUUGGUGCUAUAGUUGUGGUGGUAUCAUUAUCCAAUCUGAUCAUCCAGAUAUCGUUCACGAUGCUGUUUGGGCUCAUCGCAACCGCUGCGAGGGAUCGUGGCGGACAAGAUAUCAUGCCGGGCCUCACUAAGUGAUCAGCGUUGGAGAGAAACGUUGGAGAGAAAUCAGCUUCCCUGUGAUCAUUUAUAUCAUAUGUUUAUGCCGUUCCGUCCUUUUUAUGUAUUACUAUGUGACCUCUAUGCCCAAUAUAUGCCUGUAUGC